AUGAAGAUGCAGUUAAAUCAAAAAGGAUACAUUAAGUGUCUGUUUUUCUUCAUGUUAAAAUUAACAACGGCCAUUGAAAUACCAAUCUCAGUUAAACAGGUCCCAACAAUCACAGAACAGUCAACAGUACAAGUCGCAUUUCCUUUUGAUGAAUAUUUUCAAUUUGUCUGUGAAGCCAAAGGAAAUCCAGAACCAACGUUUCGUUGGACUAAGAAUGAGGAGCAGUUUAGUCUCUUUUCUGAUCCACGGAUAAUUUCAUCUAACAAUACAGGCACAUUCAAGAUCUUAAACGAGGGACACAUCACUCACUUUCAAGGGAAAUACCGCUGCUUUGCUUCUAAUGAGUUGGGAACUGCUAUGUCAGAUGAAAUUGAGUUCAUAGUUCCAAAUAUACCUAAAUUUCCAAAGGAAAAAAUUGAGCCUCUUGAAGUAGAAGAGGGAAAUUCUAUAGUCCUACACUGUAACCCUCCAAAAGGCAUCCCUCCACUUCAUAUAUACUGGAUGAAUAUUGAUCUACAGCACAUCCCACAGGAUGAAAGAGUGUACAUGAGCCAGAAGGGAGAUUUAUACUUUGCAAAUGUGGAAGAAAAUGAUAGUCGGAAUGAUUAUUGCUGCUUUGCAGCUUUUCCAAGGUUACGAACUAUUGUACAGAAGAUGCCAAUGAAAUUGACAGUGAACAGUUUAAAGCAUGCUAAUGACUCGAGUUCACACAGACAGAAUGUUACUAAGGCAAAUUUAAUCAAGCAAAGAGAACCCAGAAUGCUUUUGCCUCCUGAAACUUCUGGCAGUCACUCUUCAGUCACCAUCAUCAAAGGGGGGACAUUGCUGCUGGAGUGCUUUGCUGAAGGCCUGCCUACUCCACAGAUCACUUGGAUGAAGAUGGGUGAAGAUUUGCCCAAGGGAAGAGAAGCACGAGAAAAUUUUGGAAAGACGUUGAAGAUUGAACAGGUCACUCACCUGGAUAAAGGACAUUACCGCUGCAUGGCCAAGAAUUAUAAAGGGACUGCCAUUCAUGAAUUCCGGGUUACUGUAGAAGAACCUCCUCGGUGGACAAAGAAACCUGAAAGUGCUGUAUUAAGCAUCGGGAGCAAUGGAAUCCUGCUAUGUGAAGCUGAAGGAGAACCUGCUCCUGAAAUAGAGUGGAAAAUCAAUGGUUUACCUAUAAAUAAACACCCACUACCAGGAAUUGUGUUCUUCCCAGGAGAAAUCAGUUUCAGCAAUGUUCAGUUGAAUCAUACUGGUGUGUACCAGUGUGAAGCCACAAAUGUACAUGGCAAGAUUCUCGCCACUGCCAAUAUCAACGUAUUAGAUAUUUCUCCAUUGAUGCAAACCCCAGAUGAUGAAGGAUAUGCUGCUGUGGUUGGUUACAGUGCUUUCUUACUUUGUGAGGUUUUUGCCUCACCUCCUGCUGUGAUUACUUGGCAAAAGCCAUCAAAAGUUGAAAGACUUGAAGGCUCACAUUAUACUACACAUCCAGACGGAACCUUAGAAAUCAAAGAAACAACAAAAGAAGAUGCUGGUCCAUACACUUGUUGGGUGAAGAGUCCUCGUGGAGAGGUGGCAGUCACGGCACAUCUGACAAUAAGAGAUGCUACAAACCUUACUAUUUCUCCACUGAAUCCUCAUGUCAUCAGGUCACACUUGCUAAUUUUGCAUUGUGACAUAGAGUGUGACUCAGAUUUGAAGCACAGUUUGAAGCUAUCUUGGAGCAAAGAUGGAGAAGCACUUGAAAUUAAUGGAACUGAAGAUGUCAGGAUAAUUAUUGAUGGAGACAAACUGACUAUAUCUAAUGUCACUCUGGAAGAUGAAGGAUUGUAUUCCUGCCUUGCUAAUACUGCACUUGACAGAGCAAUGGCCAUAACUCAAGUGACCAUCCUUGAUGUUCCUGAUCCACCAGAAAACCUUUAUCUCUCUGAAAGGCAGAACAGGAGUGUGCGGUUGACUUGGGAAGCUGGAGAUAACCACAACAGUGCCAUAACUGAAUUCAUUAUAGAGUUUGAAGGCAAUAAAGACGAGCCUGGAAAAUGGGCAGAAUUGACUAAAAUCCAAGGAAAUGAAACAACAGCCUUGUUAUCAUUGGCACCAUAUGUAAGAUACCAGUUUCGGGUGGUAGGUGUAAAUGCUGUUGGAAGGAGUCUACCAAGCAAUCCUUCUGACUAUCAUGAAACCCCUCCUGCAGCUCCUGACAAAAAUCCAGAAAAUAUAAGAGUUGAAGCUUCUCAACCCAAGGAAAUGUUUAUCAAAUGGGAGCCUCUGAGCUCAAUGGAACAAAAUGGACCAGGAUUAGAGUACAGAGUGACAUGGAGACAACAGGGAGUCCCUUCAGAAUGGUCUGAUGAAUUGGCCACAGAUAAUACCUUACGAGUGAUGACUUCAUCUGUCUUUACCCCUUAUGAUGUUAAAGUACAAGCAAUUAAUCAACUUGGCUCUGGGCCUGAGCCUCAGACCAUAACAGUAUAUUCUGGAGAAGAUUAUCCUGAUGCAGCUCCUUUGUCGGUAUCAGCAAGAGUUAUAAACAGUACUCUAAUUAAUGUCACCUGGGACAGAAUCCCAAAAGAGAGAGUACAUGGACAUUUGAAAGGAUAUCAGAUCAAUUGGUGGAAAACGAAGAGUAGAUUGGAUGAGAGGAAAUUCCCCAAAGAAAUACACACUAUAAGACUGCCAGGAGACAGAAGCUAUGGAAUGGUUCCUUCCUUGGACCCAUUUAGUGAAUUUAAGUUAACUGUCUUAGCCUACAAUUCUAAAGGUGCUGGGCCAGAAAGUUCUCCAAUUUCUUUUCAAACUCCAGAAGGAGUACCUGAACAGCCAACUUUCCUCAAGGUUAUACAUGUUGAUAAAGACACUGUUGUAUUGUCCUGGGGACUGCCCAAGAGAGCACAUGGCAAUCUCACUGGCUACAGUUUACAAUACCAGAUAAUCAAUGACACAGAUGAGAUUGGAGAAUUAAAGGAAAUCAACAUCACAAAUCCUUCAAAACUCAGUUGGCGUGUUCCAGAUCUCAAUUCCACGACCAAAUAUAAAUUCUACUUGAAGGCAUGUACUUCCAAAGGCUGUGGUAAACCUGUUACUGAGGAAGGCUGCACAACAGGAGAAGGGAGUAAGAAUGUCGGGAAGAUUUCAGAAGCAGUAAAUCCUACCCAAAAGGUUCACCCACUUGAGACAUUUGACCCUGAAAAUGAACAUACAGUUCGUCUAGUGACUAAGAAUUGGGUUGAUAACAAUAGCAUUUUUGAAGAUGUAAUUGAGACAAGGGGGAGAGCAUAUGCAGGCUUAUAUGACAACAUCUCUACCCAAGGAUGGUUUAUUGGACUGAUGUGUGCCAUAGCACUUCUUACAUUAAUAUUAUUAACUAUUUGCUUUGUGAGAAGAAACAAAGGGGGAAAAUAUUCAGUGAAAGAGAAGGAAGAUUUACAUCCAGAUCCAGAAGUACAGUCAGGAAAAGAUGAAACUUUUGGCGAGUACAGUGACAGUGAUGAAAAACCACUUAAAGGAAGCCUACAAUCCCUUAACAGGGAUCUUCAGGCCACAGAAAGUGCUGAUAGCUUGGUGGACUAUGGAGAAGGAGACCAUGGCUUAUUCAAUGAAGAUGGGUCAUUUAUUGGAGCUUACACUGGGUCUAAGGAGAAAGGAUCAGUGGAGAGUACUGGAAGCUCAAUGGCAACUUUUCCACUUCGUUCAUAA